UUUUUCAGAAUAAACCUCAAAACAUGAAGAACCUGGGAGGGUCGAUGCAGCUGUUUAACCUGUCCAUCAUCAACGAGACCACAACUGAGGGUUUGACUCCCUGUCAGGAAUUUAACCCUUCAGUCCGUGUUUUCUUCAUUGUGGCCUACAGCCUGGUGUUUCUGGUGGGUUUGCUCCUCAAUGGAUUCAUCCUUAAGUUUCUCUUCUGUCAACGUCAGAAGUCGUCUAGAAGUAUCAUGGUCUACCUGAAGAAUCUGGCAGCUGCAGAUUUCAUGCUCAGCCUUUCCCUUCCUUUCUACAUCAUGCAUUCAGCCAUUAACUCCGUCAACAUCCUACGGCUCUACUGCAAAUUUGGCUACGGCAUCUUCUACCUCAACAUGUACACGAGCAUCCUGUUUAUGACUUACACUGCUUAUAACAGAUAUCUAAAGAUCGUCUGUUCUAAUAAAACUCACAUCCUACAGACGGUGCGAGGUGCCUGCAUCAUCUCUAUAUUUACAUGGGUUUUUAUGCUAACUGUGGGUGUCACCUAUGUUUCUGUCGCAUUCACCACAAAAAGGAACCUGACAUCGAUCUCCAAUCACUGUCCAGAUUUGCACAGUACACAGUUCAGUGUGUUCACCAAAGUUCGUAGCGCCUUUAUGUCAACUAUCUUCAUGGCCUUCCUCAUGUUUAUUGUCUUCAUCUACAACCGCACAUCCCAUAAAGUGUCAGUGGUUCAGCAGAGUCAGGUGACAUCCUCCAACUGUAAAAAGUUGGCCAAGUCACGUCGGAACAUGCGAGUGUUGGUCAGUGUCUUCUGUAUUUGCUUCACCCCCUUUCACCUGGUUAACGUUUUCCAGAAUUUCCUUGAGUGUUCUUGGAGCCCAGUGUUUAACUUCAUGCAUGAAUUGACCCGUGUAUUAUCAGCUGUGAAUAUUUGCCUGGACCCCUUCAUCUACUUCAUCUUCUGCAAGGACUUCCAGGAGCAACUGAGACUGAAAAAUGUGUUCUUCUUACGGAGAGACACACCAGACCUGAACAUGGAGAGAAGGCCACAAAAUGAAGCUGAGCCCAGUAUCCAGUCCAACAGCGACAGCAGCUGAUCUCAAAGUCGGCCCACAUCAGCUGGUGGUUCAGCUCAUUCUCAUCCAUACUGGUGACAAAUCUCAUGCACCACAUUUAAAAAGCUGGCUACCUUGUUAUUGUUAACACUGUUGCUUAACAUACUACUUCUAAGACAAAACCCAGCUCUUCCUCUUCAUUAUUGCCCUUUCUGUCCAUGUUAUAAUGUUAUGAUUGAUUGGUGUCAAUAUCACAUAUUGUAAAUGGUGUUCAGAUGGCUCCACAU